CACUACACAUCUACGUCGUUCAUCGCAUCGCAUUGCUGCUGCCGUUGGCUGAACUUGGCCAGCCCGCUGCUUCGCAUACAUGUAAUUUUCUCGUUUACGACCGACCUGCCGUAACUGCAAGUAUUAGCUGCUGCCGUUGCCUUGUUUCGUCGCUGCGCCAUCGCUGUUGCGCCGCUGUUGUGCAACUGAACUUCGGCAGCUCCGCUGUUUCGCAUAUCAUUUCUUCGCUUACGAUCUGCCGUCGCUUCAAGUAUUUGCAUUUGUCGUUACCUCGCUACGUCGUCGCAUUGCCGCUGAAUUUCGACAGUUCCACUGUUAGCAUUUUACCAUCACGCAUACACUCUUCAAGCAAGUUCUAUUAACACAAACGGAAAUCUAGAAGAUAGACUGUGAAGAUGGUGGUCGUGCUGACUUGGAGGAGUUGUACAUAACAGCGAAACUUACCAUUCAGUCGCAGCUAGCUGAAGAUCACAAUUCCACGCUAUCAGACACCACUUGCGUCAUGCCAUCUAGCUCUAAACUCCCUCAGCCCAAACUUCCAUCAUUCAAUGGCAAGUAUUCUGAGUAUCGCAUAACGUCAUUUAAACAAAUAAUCGACCGUGAAUUCAAUUUGUCAAACAUUGAGAAAUUGAAUCAUCUGCGUAAUUGUCUUCAAGGUCCUGCUCUAGAAACCAUUGAUGCAUUUCAGGUCACUAAUGAAAACUACCCCAAGGCAUUGGACAGGCUGCGAGGUCGGUAUGAUAACCCAACACUUAUAUUUUUAGAAAGUAUUUCGUCACUUUUUGAACUGUCGUCAGUCUCCAAGCCCAGCGGUGCGGCACUGAGAAGUCUAAUCGAUAAGGCGUCUGCGAUCUACGGCUCACUACAGUCAUUGGGAACUGACAGCCAAAUCUCGCAGGCGAUGUUGAUCUACCUGGUCCUGCAGAAGGCUGACGAAGAGACAAAUUGCAAAUGGAAGGAGUCGUUGAAUUUCAAAGCACUACCGACUUGGGAUGACUGCACAUCGAAGAGACACCAACUCUCAAACUGCCCUUCGUCGCAUAAGUGCAGGGUUUGCUCUCGGCAACAUCACAGCCUCCUUCACCGUGGAUCUGCGCCAGACUCGUCGUCCUCAAUACUACCGUCAGCCUCGAGAGAAGCUGCUGUACCCACCCACAUAAACAACUCAUCGUUAGAUCAAGUUAUUCUGGCUACUGCUAUGGUUUUGGUUCGGGAUGCAUCUGGAGGAUACCGGCUGGGAAGAGCAUUGUUGGACUCAUGCUCACAGGUUAAUCUCAUGACGGACGAGUUCUCACAAAAAUUGUUGUUACCACGAAGCAAGCACAACCUCCAAAUCCAAGGUAUUGAGCACCGCACUUCGGCGGUAUUUGGGAGGCCGCUGUCAAAUCGGCAAAGGGACACUGGAAUCGCAGCGUAAUGAAUGCCAAGCUUACGUUUGAAGAGUGAUCGACAGUCCUGGUCGAAAUUGAAGCCUUGCUUAACUCACGACCAAUCGCACCUCUUUCAUCCGAUCCCAAUGACUAUGACGCAUUUACUCCUGGCCAUUUUAUCAUCGGAGGUGCUCUAAAGGGUCUGCCGGAGCGAACAAUUCCAAAGCACAUCAACCACACUGAAAAAUGAGCUCAAAUCACUGCCAUAAAACAAAGGUUUUGGAACCGCUGGUCCCACGAAUACUUAAACAAGCUUCAGAUGCGUACAAAAUGGGUUCUGAUCGUCCAAAUAUUAGCAAGGACACACUAAUCAUCCAUGAGGAUAACGUGCCACCACAACGGUGGCAAAUGGGUCGCAUCGUCAACUCAAUCGCGGAAAAGGAUGCGCGCGUUCAAGUGGUUGAUAUACGUACUGCAAGAGGAAUCAUUCGGCGUCCAAUACACAAAAUCGCCAUUCUUCCUGCUUGAAAGUUCUUUCAAAGGGGCCGGGAUGUUGGGUCACGGAUUGGGAGUCACUGCACUUGUCAUAGAUUGAGAACACCUGCAGUACAUUUGUACAUAUCUACAUUCGAUUUACCGCUUGCUAAUACAUCAUCUCAUUCGAUGCACUCUCAGCGAGUUAACGUUCCAGCGCACAUACUUACAUACAAUCAUAUUUACUUGUAUAGAUAUGUACACCUGUAAAAUAAUUGUUCCCCUUUUUA